UGCUAACAAUAAGAGUCUUCCAGACUUCCUCUUGAUUCUUGCACAUUUUUACUUCGCCAGCUGUAAACGUCUUGCUGUGUAACACCUUGUUGAGUGUCCUUGCGAAUAAACGCUUGCGAUGACCUGCGCUACGUAGCUAGACUUGCAUCGAGGAGAUCGUGCAUCCCAGUUGGUCGUUAAAUGAAUAAAUGUUAUUGUUAAUGUUAGUCAGCUUCCGGUGAGCAUCCUUGCGGACAACUGACAAGUGUUGCAGCUUUUCCAAUGUAAACCAGUUGACAGAUCGUAGUGAAUGUGAAGGGAAAGUCAUGGAACUAUAAUGGAAGGGAAGCCUGGAAGUGGGCUGGAACGGGAACACAGACGUAGCAAGUCGUCAGUCGCUCAUGGUGGACAGUUUGAGCCGAAACAACUAGCUGGUUCACCUGUCCUCCGUCAGCGCUCAUUUUGAAAACUUGUCCUCGGAAUUGAAUCAGAAUUUUUGGGCGCUUUGGGUUGUUCUUGUCUUUACUUGUAGUUCGUUAGUUAUAUUUGUACAAGUGCCUUUACCAUCACUUGGAAUUCAACAAACUAUUGCCCUUGCCACAUGAUUUUGUAGAACGACUUUGGGUUGGUACUCACUCCAAAUAGGCUUGCUGCGGUCAUGGAGACGUUAUCAUCUAGCAGUGCAGAGAAUGUGCGUCUUGGCCGAGCAGAACAAUCCAGUCCGUUUUUAACCAGUUCCACGGCGAAAGCAAAUUCGGUUGUUGAUCUCCAUCCUGUCGUUCUGCUCCACAUUGCAGAUCAUCAUCAUCGUAACGUCGCACAGCAUGGGAACAAAUUCCAGAUUUUUGGAGCUUUGCUGGGUCGUCAGGAUGGGCCAAAAGUGGAAAUAUGUUUUGCUUUUGAAAUUCGCGUCAAUCGGGAGAAUGGUCGCUACAUCCUGGAUAAGGAGUAUUGGUUUCAGAAGGAAGAACAGUUCAAACAGAUCCUUCCAGGACUGGAUUACAUUGGAUGGUACACGGUUGCAGAUGAUUAUUUGACCGUCGAGGAUGUUGAUCUCCAAAAUCAGUUAUGGGAAGUGUGCCAGAAUUUGUUUUUCCUUAAAGCCCAUGCAAAUAAGGCAGAUUCCUUCCCCGUUGAUCUGUUCGAAUCGGUGGUGGAAUUCACUGGAGGCUCACCCGUGACGAAAUUCAACCCCAUUGCCUACAACAUCGUCUUCGAGCAAGCCGAGCAGAUUGGUGUGCACCAUGUGGCCACUAAGACGGAUGCAGAUUCGGGUAGUGGAUCCGCCGGCGCCGAGACCGAGUACCAGAUCAGCAUGCGUUCCAUGUCCAGCGCUGUGCACAUGCUCCAAGAUCGUCUGUCUGUGUUAUGUCAGUACAUGGUCACCGUGGAGCAGAAACAGUUGCCACCGGACAACGAUAUUCUCGUGGAACUGAAGCGCAUUGUAGAGAUGCUACAGAGCCUUGAUUCGGAAGAGCAACAGGAGAAGUACAAUGUGAUGAAGCUGCAAGCUUUGAUGACCGCUUCCGUUGGCAACUAUACGCAGAGUGUGGAGUUGUUAAUCGAGUUUAUUCGCAAAAAUAUUGUCAUCGUGGAAAAGAAAGGACCAUCUGCUGCUCGCGGUGGUCAUCGCUUCGGACAGCCCCAACCGGGAUUUUCUAUGCGUGGAAUGAGCAAAGGGCCAAAACCCCGACCCAGUAUGGGACAGCGAUUUCGACCGGGCAAUUUAUUUGGUCGAAACCGCGGCGAUGAUAGUAGCGAUGGACCUUCGGGGUCGAUGUCUUUCUUCGGUCGCGGACGCAGUGACGAUAGCGAUGGAAUACGAAGUGGUAACAGCGUGGGCGAAUUGUCUCAUUAAGGCGGCACAGUAAUUCUGGCACAUUAUUUUGCGUUCGGACGGGUUUUAGUUUGAAGCGGACAGUGUUAAGUACGAACUUGGUGGUAUUGCUUUCAAAUGUUCUUUAUUUGCUUUCUUCUGUUUUGAUUAGGCGGAGUUAUUACUUUAAACUUCAUGUAAAUUUCAAUGAGUAAUGCAUAGUGCACACUGUCAUUAAAGCACGGCACCUUGUAUUCUGUUGAGAUCGA